CACCGCGAACCGGCGCCGACGACAGCGCCAGUUCCUCGCGAGCUUCCACAGCGAUCGCAUGCGACCGCCCCCCAUUCUGUAACGCAGAAUUACGCGAGACGUCGAGACACACGUGCUUAGCCAAAACAAUCGGAGGUGGUGGUAACCAGGACGCAGCUCGACCCGACGAACCGGAUCACCACAGGAACCUGAAAAAGUGGUUGCAAAAGCGAUUUCUACACGGAAAACAGUUUCAGAAAAAAGUUGACAAACUUUUGAAAACUCUCCCCCAGUCACAAGAGUUUGACCCCGCACGUUUCUGAUCCCAUCCGCUUACGACUAGGUAAUGUUCGGUAUAUGGAUGGAAAACCGCAAUAGGGCGGCGAAGAAAGAGAGAUGCCAUGAUGAACGAAUGCGGUAUUAAGACGGUGGAUUUGAUACAGAGUUCAGCCCGUCCGUAUAACAGUAAUUGGAACGUGCGGGCGGGGGAGAAAAUUGCGCGCUAUCCGGGAGUUAGAUAUGAUAGUUAUAGUUUGGGAGCGGCGAGGUACGAAAUGAGGUACAACAACGGGCCGCCGUCGGCAGCGAGUAUGGUCGCAUCUUAUGGAGUGUACCAUGACUCUGGAAGACGACAUCAUGUCGAGGACGACGAUGACGGGUUUCUACCAAGACCUAGUCCAGCGUACCAUGGGGUCAUGGUGAACGCUACAGGUAUAGCGAGCGUGAUAAGACCACCGCCGCAACCUCUUCAACCUCAACACGUAGAGGUUGGCGCUUCAGCUGAAAUAGCACCAGGUGCUGCUGCGACUGGUGGAACUGCCGCUCCCGUAGCUGCUGAAGGCGGCACAGAAGGAGACGGUGAUGGCGACGGGGGCUGCUGUUGCUGCUCCUGCUGCUGCUGCUGUGCUCCCUCGACAACAUCCACGACGGCUCCCGAGAACGAGGAGUCCUGCUUGGUGUCCUGGUGCAGACCGACAAUCCUGCUCCUCUUGCUCGUACUACUUAUUGUGAUUUUCGUACUCGUGUCUGGUAUCCUGCUGUACUACAACUAUGUAUCCUACCGACCGCCGCAGACUUACGUCGAAG